GCUGGAGAGUUUAGUCAAAUCUAGUUCUCCUGUAUAUUGCUUCCUAAUCAAGUUUGUAAGGGCAAAUUGGUAACUACUGGUGUGGUGUUGUCCUAUCACCCCACUUCUACUUCAUCCCACUUCAUAUGUAUAAGUAUCUAUAUAAUUGAAUAUCAACCUCAAACACUGGCUUUUAAACCAAGUUAGCAUUCUUGUAACUGUAUCUUUCUUCCACUCCUCUCUUUCAAGUACAGCUUGCUCUUCAUCACAUUGCAGCUUAGAGAAUCCAAUUCUAUUACACUUAUAAUCAACGCGAUGGGAAUCACGCACAUUGUCUGCUUCCAGUUUAAGGCUGGUGUGAGUGCUGAGGUUAUCAAUGAGACCUGCGCGAAAAUGCUUGCGUUGAAAGAUAAUUGUAUCCAUCCUACUCAUCAAAAGCCCUACAUCAAAACUGCAAUGGGCGGCAUAGAUAACUCACCUGAGGGACUCCAGAAUGGAUUUACACACGCUUUCAUUACUCAGUUCGAAACUGCCAAAGAUAGAGAUUACUAUACCAAAAAUGAUCCGGCCCACCUGGUCUUCAUCAGUGGUCUGCAAGCGGUGGUUGAGAAGGUGCAAGUCAUGGAUUUUACUGACAGGGUGUUUUGAUUGAGGAAUUGAGAAAUAUCCUUAUGUAGUGAAGGUUUGAGGUCAACUGAAUGAACAAUGAUAUAUAGUUAUCUCUGAGUUUUUGGCAUUCAUGUGUGCAUACUGCGGCUUUUUGCCUGCUCUAUCUCGCGUGGGAUAGUCAUCCCUUCUGUGGUUUCUAUUUCAGAAAUUUGGUGAAACUUCACUGUCAGCUACCAAAAAACACCUAGCAACCUUGCUUGUGGUCACACAUAAAUACUGCAGAAAGGACAUACCGCAUAUUUAUUUGGCUGUGUACAGUUGCUGAAAUUUAUUUAUAAUAAAGCAGCAUUGACAAUAUCCGCCCUUGUUAUGGCAGAAAAGCAACCUCUCAAUGAGCUUUUUCAGUUCAAC